AUGAUUUGGCAUCCCCUACUGCUCGCACUCGGCCUCGUGCUAGGUGCUGCGCAGGCCAAAGACCUAGGAAACGUUUUCACUAGCUUCGCGCUGGACUGCCCCUCAUGCAAAACCAACGCUCCCAACGAGUUGUGGGAAGCAUACCUCGAUUUCUCCAUUACCUCUGCAAUGGCAGCGCAAAAAGGUGACACCUUCACCUUGGAAGCUACCAACGUUUUGAAACUUUACCCCGCAACGACCAUUGGUGACGUCGGCUAUGUGCCCAUCAAGGAUAGUAAAGGCGCGACCAUCGCCAACUGUGUGAUCCAAAAUGGGUACCAUACCGAUUCCAAGUCCUUGCUCAAGUGUACCGUUGGCCAGUCUAACAUCUACAAGGCCUCGGGCGCUUUGCAACUGGGGUUCGUCUUCAACUACGGUGGCUCCGGCGACGGGGCCGCUGUCAACGCCGCCAACACCUUUAUCCAUAAAGGUGCCAACAAAGUCACAUGGAAUGGACUUACCACUACGGCCAACUUUAAUCUACCCGCGGAUAUGGUACCAGCCUCGAGCUCCAAAUUCGAAGGCUAUGCAUCUCUCUUCCCGGCCCCUACCGUAUACCAAGAAAUGUUCUACCUGGGUACCACAUGCAGCUCUUCAUUUACCGACACUAUUCGGGUUUACUUUUCGGGAACUCCCGGAUCGAACGGAGACUUGGCCUCUUGCGAGAGCGUCAACGUGCAUUUAACCUCUUCGUUUAGCGACUUCAACAUGCCACUAGAAGCCAAGAGUCCUUCUUCCGGAAGUUACAGCAUUCAAUGCUACGAUAAUGUUGCUACAAUCACCGUCAAAAACAUCCCUGCGAACAACUACAUGUAUGUUACGGCAAUGCAAAUGAUGGAUCGUAGCAUUUCAAAUGUCGUGUACUACAACAAAUACCGUGAGACAAAAUACUGCGGAGGAAAAACGGUCUAUAAGAAUCUCGACAAGAGCUUUAGUUUCUUUGCAGGGUCUGCUGAAGGUUGGGGGACCCAAGAAAAACUGAAGUGGCACACUACAACUGAGGGCUGGAGUGGGUCAUAUACAACUAGUCGCACUGCCACUACCGCUGUUACAGGUACAGAUGGUGUGCUGACCCCGGAACCAGUAUUGGUUAUCGAAACGCCAACCGUUGGAAUCCAGACAACGACCUACACUCCGUGGACCGGUUCUAUCACCUCUACUUAUUCGACGUCUCUUAAUACCUGGACCGGACCUAACGGUAUAGCUACUACUGAAACCGUGCUCUACGUGGAAACCCCCGCAGUGGGCAUUCAAAAAACCACAACCACUGGAUGGACUGGUUCAAUCACCUCCACGUACUCCACUGCUGAGACAACCUUCACCGGCUCAGACGGUAUCCCAACCACUGAGACCAUCUACUAUGUCGAGACCCCAGUUGUUGGAAUCGAGUCCACUACCAUUACUGGGUGGACUGGAUCUGUUACAUCGACUUACUCAACCGACGUGACCACUUUCACUGGAUCUGAUGGUAUUGCAACAACCGAGACCAUUUACUAUGUCGAGACUCCCGUUGUUGGAAUCGAGUCGACCACCACUACCGGCUGGACUGGAUCUGUCACUUCGACAUACUCCACCGAAUUGACCACCUUCACCGGCUCAGACGGUAUCCCAACCACUGAGACCAUCUACUACGUAGAGACCCCAGCUGUUGAAAUCAGCUCCACCACGACUACUGGCUGGAAUGGAUCUGUCACUUCGACAUAUUCCACCGAGUUGACCACCUUCAUCGGCUCAGACGGUAUCCCAACUACCGAGACCAUCUACUACGUAGAGACUCCAGUUGUUGAAAUCAGCUCCACCACGACUCUCGGUUGGACUGGGACUGUCACUUCGACCUAUACUACUGAACUAACCACCUUCACUGGAUCUGACGGAAUUGCAACGACUGAGACCAUCUACUUUGUGGAGACCCCAGAUGUAGACGUGACGUUCACCAGCACAACAGGAUGGUCCGGAUCCAUCACUUCGACCUACUCGACUGCUGAGACAACCUUCACCGGCUCAGACGGUAUCCCAACC